ACAGCUCUCCAUUGCUUUUUACAAAGUGAGGUUUUAUGCUGACAACUAUUUUGACUAAUAACCAAAAGCAUCUGUGCCUUUAAAGGCCACCACAAUUCAUUAUUGCCGCAUUCAUAGACUUGUUGGUCGCUUGAUAAAAACCCUCUAUAGUGAUAAUCCAUAGUCACGGGUGUGUGCUUUCGACAACUGCUUGGGUAAAUAUAAAUUGACAUAGCAGGAAUGUUUUCAUUUUAGACAACACCGAGUAAUGAAAAAGUAAAACUCAAAUCCACUCCGUGGACAAGCCGUCUUCUUUUUAAAAAGCUACGGAUAAAUUGGGUUGUUUACGUCGUCUCGGAGAAGAACAGUGUGAUCGCCAUGGGUCUCAUCGUGUAUGGAGACAUGAUCUCCCAACCAAGCCGGAGUGUGUUUUUGUUCUGCAAAGUCACUGGUAUCCCGUACACGGAGAAAACUGUCGCCAUAGUCAAAGGUGAACACAAAGGAGAAGACUACCUGAAAAUCAAUCCCUUCGGGCAAGUUCCCAGCAUCAAGGAUGACGACUUCGUUCUCACUGAAUGUUUUUCGAUAAUAAAGUAUCUUGCGGAUAAGCACAAGGUCGCCGAUCACUGGUACCCGGCAGAGUUGAAGGCCCGAGCGAAAGUGAAUGAGUAUCUGGACUGGCAUCAUACCGGUCUUCGACGGGGGGGCAUGGACAUCUGUCGAGAGCAGUUCCUAAAAACCUCGCUGUUUGGAAUGCCGACAGAUGAAGAAAAGCUCGUCAAAGAUUACGAUAACUUUGACAAGAUACUUGGGGUUGUGGAAAAGACAUUUCUUGGAGAUGGUGAUUUCCUGUGCGGUGAUGAGAUAACCAUUGCAGACAUUUGCGCCAUUUCAGAGUUCACGCAAAUUCUUUGGUUCCAACGGCCGGGAACUCAUAUACUGGCAAACCACUCCAAGCUAGCGGCAUGGAAGGACCGAGUGGCCAAACGUCUUAACCCAGCAUACGAUGAAGUUCACCAAGACCUCGUCAAAUUUGCUGAGUCCAAGAAGUAAAUCCACCCACAAUAUCUUCAGAGGAAAGAGAUACAUCGAUGAAAAUAAUGUUAGAAAAUUUGUCAAGUCAUAAUAAUUUUAUAACCAUUUUAUAGUUGGUUUGCGGUAACACCAUGUGUGUGUCUAUAUGCCAGGUUGAUUUUCGUUCUUUAGAGAACUGUCUUGCUUUAAAUAUUCCUAACACGGAGUAGAUUAUCGGAAUUAGGGAGACUUCUCAGUUCUGAAAAGAACUGUCCUGCUGAUAACUGAUAACAGGAUGGGAGGAAGGUAUAGAAAAUCGGCUGGGACUAAUACGAUAGCUUUUAGUGGAUCGUUAUUAACUUCACUAUCACGGAGUGAGUUAUUAAUUGGUCUCAAUUAAUUCGGAUGGGACGUAAAGCCGUUGGUCCCAUGUGUUGUGUAACGCAUGUAAAAGAACCCAGUGCACUUAUCGAAAA